AUGAGUUGGCGCGAUACGCCAGAGCUGCCCCUGGCCGAAGAUGUUAUGAAGGAAGCUGGCGAGCUUCCCAGGGGAAACCAUCUCAACGCCGUCUAUCUGCACAAAGACGCCUAUUUCGAGGUCCAGUACGAACUCCUGAGACAUGAAGGCGUUGAGCCCAUCCGUAAAGCAGUGCAAGAGUACAGGUCAGCCCCUGAGAUGAUAGAGAGCGCCGAGACGUGUGUAUACACCGAUGUAUUUGUCCGCGGCGCCAACAUCAUCCGACUCGGGGUAAUGAUCCGCGUCACCUUCUCUUCGGUGCGUGCCCGACAUUUAAUCAACUGGCCUGCCUCUCAGCGGCUGGUCCCGGGUACGAUUGUGGCCUUGUCCCCUGCGUGGGACAACUUCCAAACGCGGUGCAUUGUGGCUACGGUAACUGGUCGGUAUGACGAACUCAUCGACAGUCCAAUGACACCCCCUCCGUUGGAUCUCGAGAUACACGAUACCCAAACCACCGCUGCCCUCAUGGACCCCGACCAGGAUUACGUCAUGAUAGAAGCACGCUCUAACUACUUCGAGGCCGUCCGACAUGUUUUGGAGGGUCUAAAGCAGACGGCAAAGGACGAGUCACCGUUCGACAAAUACCUAGUCAGAGGCUCCAACAGGGUCGAUCGACCGGCAUACAUGCCUCGCUCCGCGUCCUCAGUGGAUGUCUCGACCCUCAACGACAGCAUUCGUCGAUCAGCGUCCAUGGGCAUCCCCGUUCAGGGCGACAUUACGAACCAUGUGCAACUGAAAGCAAGACUGGACAAGUCGCAAAUUCUCGCACUACAGCGAAUGGUCACCAAAGAGCUGGCUGUUGUACAGGGCCCUCCCGGGACGGGGAAGACCCACACAUCCAUGGCAGCGCUGAAGGUUCUGCUGAGCAUGCAGCCAUUCGAUGUGCCAAUCAUUGUCACGGCACAAAAGAAUGACACUGUUGACGAGCUUCUUGUCCGUUGUCACAACCUCGGCAUCAACUUCGUCCGUAUCGGCGGCCAGUCCAAGAACAAGACAGUCUCUGACAGGUCCUUGGUCAGCCUCCGCGUGCAGUCUCGGGGUAAUACGUGGCGGAGGGACGGGUACCAGAAACGCCUUGACGUUCUGAAAUCCCAGGCAAGGCGUCUCUUGAAACGCUGUUUCCCUCCCCGUAACCAGCAGCUGAUCUUGCCUGAACAUUUCCGGGAGGUUGGUUUGAUCAGCGCUAAGCAGUAUGACUCCAUCGCGGUCUCCUGGGAUGGAGCCGUCAAGUCAAUAGGAGGACAAGUCGCACGGCAUCCGCUCGGGCCGUGGCUCGGUGACCAAGUACUUUCCGCGAAGCCUCAUCGUAGCAUCCACGUUCCCCUUGAUGGUGAUGCCGGCGUCGAGGUGGUGUCAGAGCAUGAAUCGAGCGAGGACGUUGCGGUUCGCAACAUGAAGGAGCAGUUGACAGGCAAGCCCAUUUUAAUGUCGAGAUGGAAUAGCGUGAGAUUGCCAGCCAUUGCAGGGCAUGAUCCGGGUGGCAGCUCCCUGGCUAAGCAACUCCUCGACGGCAAUCCAAAUCUUUGGGAUAUUGCCCCUGAAUAUCGCGGAAUAGUUUACCAGUACCUCGAGCGUCUUUACGUCUUGUCGACCAAGCUGGCUCUUGGCACCGUCUUCAAGCAGGUCAACGAGGUCGUCAAGAAACUCAAGUCGAUCCGAUUGAGAGAAGACGUCGACACAGUCCGCAAAGCAGGGGCACGCAUCAUUGGGUGCACGACCACGGGCCUCACCAAGUACCGCGGACUUAUUGCUGCUACGCAACCACGGGUCAUGAUGAUCGAGGAAGCCGCCGAAACCCGCGAGGCAAACAUUACUGCCGCCUUGUUCUCCUCCCUGCAGCAGAUCAUCCUGGUGGGCGAUCACAUGCAGCUGGCGCCUCACGCCGACGUCCUGGAGCGGAGCAGGCCGCCCUUCAACUUGAACGUCUCGCUCUUCCAGAAGCUUAUUGAGCGAGGGCUGGAGUACUCAAGUCUUCAAAUACAGAGGCGCAUGCCACCGGAUGUUCGCAAGCUGCUAAGUGCUUGGUACCCACUCCUCGUCGAUCACCCCUGUACCGAGAGCCAGGGCACGAUCCCCGGGAUGGGUGCGCAAACUCUACUUUGGUUCGACCACAGGCAUGCCGAGUCUUCGGAUCGAUAUUCUAGCAAAUUCAACGCGUUCGAAGCUGAUAUGGUUGUUGGGCUGUACGACUACCUGGUACUCAACGGGACCAUCCCGUCCGAUAUUACUAUCCUGACCUUUUACAGCGGUCAGAAGUCAUACAUUCUAAACAGUCUCCGGCGAAAGUACAAUUUCCCUAGUCGUUACGCCGGUGACGGCGAAGAUGACGCCGGGCCCGAAGUUCAAACAGUGGACGGAUACCAGGGUAAGGAGAACGAGAUCGUUCUCGUUUCCGUGACCCGGAGUCCCAAGAACCGAAGCAAGCCGGAUGCAGGCUUCCUCAAGGACCGGAGGCGCGCAAUUGUAGCCCUCAGCAGGCCUCGACGGUUGCUCGUUGUUCUUGGCGACACGCAGAACCUCCUGGCUUCAUCGGCCCAGCCUAUCUGGAGCGAGGUAUUGAAAAGAAUGAAGUGCCCGCCCUGCAACUACAUGCCGGUUUUCUGCGAGGCGCACGGCAGGGAGAUUUGUGUUCGGCAGCCGGAUGAUUGGGAGAGAUUGGCCAGCAAAGGAGGUUGCGGGAUGCGCUGCGGGCGAAAAACCGGCAUUCACAGAUCGAUGUGCGGACAAAAGUGCCACGGUGGUUCUUGCAAACCGGCGCUCGGCGCCUCGAUCCCGGAUAGAUCUGUGGUCAGUACCGCGCAGACGUCUUCUGAGCUUUCUACUGUCACAAGGGCCUCCAUGCUGUCCACCGAGAAGAACCUCAUAGACCUCUAG